ACUUCGCUCGUCGGAGCGGCCGCGGAGGCCCGCGGUGGGGGGCGGCCGCCGGCUUCGCAGCGGCGACCGAGGGUGACCGGGCCGGGGAACGGCCGGAAUGGCGCGUCCGCGGCCCCGCGAGUACAAGGCGGGCGACUUGGUCUUCGCCAAGAUGAAGGGCUACCCACACUGGCCGGCGCGGAUUGAUGAACUCCCAGAGGGAGCUGUGAAGCCUCCAGCAAACAAGUAUCCUAUCUUCUUUUUUGGCACCCAUGAAACUGCAUUUCUAGGUCCCAAAGAUCUUUUUCCAUAUAAGGAAUACAAAGACAAGUUUGGAAAGUCAAACAAACGGAAAGGAUUUAAUGAAGGAUUGUGGGAAAUAGAAAAUAACCCAGGAGUAAAGUUUACUGGUUACCAGGCAAUUCAGCAACAGAGCUCAUCAGAAACUGAGGGAGAAGGUGGAAAUACUGCAGAUGCAAGCAGUGAGGAAGAAGGUGACAGAGUAGAAGAAGAUGGAAAAGGCAAAAGAAAGAAUGAAAAAGGAGGCUCAAAACGGAAAAAGUCAUACACUUCAAAGAAAUCCUCUAAACAAUCCCGGAAAUCUCCAGGCGAUGAAGAUGAUAAAGACUGCAAAGAAGAGGAAAACAAAAGCAGCUCUGAAGGUGGAGAUCCCGGCAAUGACACAAGAAACACAGCUUCAGACCUGCAAAAAACCAGCGAAGGGAUUGGCGCCCUCAUUUUGGUAGGGACAGAGGAGAGGCUUCUGCCAUCUUGAUGGGAUCGUAGACCUAACUACCACAAUGAAUGCUGGAUAUUUCAAGAAACCACAAGAAGUUUAAAUGUUUGGUUGUCCAAUAUUCUUGGAUUUGAUAUGAACCAACACAUAGUCUUUGUUGUCAUUGACAGAACCCCAGUUUGUAUGUACAUUCACAUUCCUGUCUGUUUUGUUAGGAAAAAAAGACAUUUUAGCCUUUUUUAAGGUUAUUGAUUUAAUUUUAUGUUACUGGAUUGCAUGAUGUUGCCCUUAACCACUAAGAAUUAUCAAAAUUUUUGCACAGACUCACAUGUCUAGGAUCCUUUUAUCAAGGCAGUUAUGUUCAUCAUUUUCCUGCCUUUAUCCCACCAUCACCAAACACUUAAUAUUUAAUAGUUUAAGUGUUUAAUAUUAAUUAGCAUUUUAAGUGGCUUAAGCAUUUUAAUGCUUAAGGAUGGGAUUUCCUCUUUGACAGAACCCAAGAACUAAUUCCUAUAUGCAUAAUGUUGGUAUAUUGAAGAUGAAAUUUAAAUCAUCCUUAAGUUUUGAAGCCACGUGUAAAGUUUAACCAUACUGUACAAUAUCUUUACUGUAUUAGAAAUAGCUAGUUGACAGCUUAUACUUCUCAAAACUCAUGUUGUUAGGUACACAAUCUGAGUUUCUAUGUGUGAAGUUAGCGAGUCUUUUUGUGUUACUCCAAAAUAAAGGCAAGGAUUUAUUUUUUUCCCAGUGCCAGUACAAUUUGAGCUAACCACUCAAGGUAAAUACUUUACAUUUUAAAGCUGAAAUCAGCAACAACCCUAUGGGAAACCAGACAAAGCAUUGAGUUUUAAAUACAGACUUUUUAAAUGACCUGUUUUCUUUUUGGAACUAGAAUUAGAACAGUUAACAUUCAUCCACAAACCAUUACUGUGUACAUUAUUGUUGCUAUUGUGAUAAUAGAGAAUUUUAUUUAUUUUUAUGCCAGCUUAUAUUGUGAGAACACAUUUAGUCAGUUUGGGUUUUAUCAAUCCUGUUAUGCUUGUCCUUGAAACAUCUUUCACAUAUUCAAGGUUUGUAGUUGAAAAGUUUACUGUAAAAAAAAUCAAAAACAAAAAAAGUAUUGUUUUUACAGAAUAAAUUUAUUGGAAUGUGUACUGGGAAUAAGCUCUGAGGUUGUAAACAAAGUUAGUGUAAUUUGGCUUUAUAUAUGUAAUUGUGAGGUAUUAAUGUAAUUCAUAUAUUAAAGCAAAAACUGUUAACACCAAGUUGACGGUAGAAUCAAGUGCAGGUAAGGGCUUUUUUUUUUUCCUCCCCCACUUUUUAAUACUUUGGGUUUUCAGUUGUUUGGGAGGGAAUGACAACACAAUUUGCCUGCAUAUCUAGGAAAAUAUUUACCAGCUCAGUGGACCCUAAAUUCACACACUUGAUACUGCUCAUGCAUUGAUUUGUACCCCAUUUCCUUUUGGUUUCCUUAUUUUGGUAAAGAGCUAAUGAGCAUGAUGAGAAAAGCUGAGAAGAUGAUGCCGAUGGUGGUGAUGGCAGCUGAAGCUACACAAGGUCUAAUCCAUGCACCACUGCAGGGUACUGAGGAGGAACUAUGCUUUUGGUCUGUCCCUGUUGUUUAGCAAAUACUGACUCUAUUACACUUCACAUGUUUAAUUCAUCAAAAGGCCUCUUCAUGACUCACACUAAAACAUGAAAACAGAGACUGCAUUUCUGCAUUUUUUGUAACAGAUUUUCUUUUCUUUUUUUUGGUACCAGGGAUCGAACUCCAGUCCUUCUGCUUGCGAAGCAGGCAGCAGAACCACUAAGCUAAAUCCCCGGCCCUGUGUAACAGAUUUUCUUAACUAAAAAUCCAAAACUUAGGAAAAUAUAUAUAAAACAUUUCAAAUGUAGUAAGAUUUGUUUUCAUAAAAGGCCAAAAGUAAUUUUAUUAAAACUAUAUGCAGAAAUACAAUAGAAAUUUUUUCCAGCCACCAGUAAAACCAAGUGUUUGUUAUGGGUAAUGAUAAAGCUAAUUGAUUGUGCUUUAGCUGUUUAGAUUGACACACACACAAAAAAACUCAAGCAGUUUUUAAAAUAGCAGCAAAUAAUACAUUUUACUUGGAAAAACAUUUUUCAAACAGUUAAAAUAUUUUGAUGAUCUGCCUUUUAAAUUGAGAUUGAUAAUGUAGCCAUAUGCAUCUUAUAGGCAAAAGUUACUUCUCCAGCCUGGGAUUGCUGUUUUGAAUUUUUUAUAUGUAUAGACCAUAUACACUUCUGAGUAAUUUUGUUUUUAUGCUUACUAUUAUAGGCACUAAAUUGUAAUUUUUCACACUUACAGUUAUUUAAUAUGUACAAACAGAAUACUGAGAUACAUGGUGAGGUUUAUUCACAGACAAUUCUGAUUUAUUUCUUUAAACAAGCUGUUUCUCAACAACUUCAAUUUUCCUUCAAAAAAAAAUUUACCCACACAACACUGUUAAGGCUCACACAUACAGUGCAGAGCAAGAAUUUGUUUUCUUUAGUAUUUGUGUUUGAGAAAGGAGUGAAAUGGGACAAAAUAAUCAGUACCAAUAUAACAAAACUUAGUAAUCUAGAGAGGAAGAACAUGAUAUAACAUUUUUAUUCCACCUUUUCAUCUGACUUUGUUUUUAUGAAGAACUCCGGUUUGUAGAUACAACGAUAGGCCAAGAGCUGAGGAAGAACUCCAUAUGCUAUGUUUAACACUAAAAAUAGGAUUUUCGCUUCUUCAGGGACUCUGUAGGCAUAAGCAGUUCUAGCAUGGAGAGAAGCACCAAUGUGAGAAAACUGAGCCUGUUUUAUUGGGGGAAAAAGGGGGGGAGAGUAUAAGUUUGAAAUAUAAACAUUGGGACAAAGGGUGAGUUCUUGAAUGGGUAUUUCAGACCCAUCUAUGCCCUCAAAAUCAGCCUCACGGUGUAAUACCUUCAAAUAAUCCUAGUGUUUAAUAUGAUAGUCUUUCAUUAAAUCUAGGGCCAGUCUUGAUAUCUGUGUUUAAAUAAAGUAUACUGUGUUUAGUGUAGUUUUAUCAUGUCAGCUCUGUUUUCUAACCCACCCAAUGCCCCAUAUCAAACUUUAGUGGCUGAAUUCAACAGAAUUCUUUGUCUUUCUGAUCUGGAUUCUGUAGGUCCUACAGAGAGACUCAGCUGUGGCUCACAAAUUAUUUUCCAAUAAAAAUGAAGAAAGUACAGAGUUUUUAAAGCUAAAAUAUAUUUAAAAUAAUACAUUAUUUAAGAAGAGGCACUGAGGAACUCAGCUUCAUUUAUCAGUCUUUCAAUUACUGCUUGGAGCAAGUAACUGAGCAAAGCUCAUUCAUUUACAAAUUUUUAUUUAUUCAUGUAUUUGUUUUUUAUGCAACUUAAAAAAUACAAAGAAUUGUUUUGUAUUAUAAAGUUACCAGCUUGGGUAGGGGUAGGAGGAUUAUGAUUACUUUUUAUAAAAUGGCAAAUAUAUGGGCAAGGCAGCCUUUUCAAGUCAAAUUGUAAUUUAUUUAGAAGUAUGACUUGUCAGCAUAAUCCAAGUUUGCAAAAUGGAAAGAAAAGGGUGUCCCUCUGUACUUGUAUACUUGUUCAAAACACACAUUCAGAAUGUACCAGUUGGUCUUUUUUGAUACUUUUCGUAAGCAUAGAGGACAGCUUAUUAGAAAGGGUAACGCAGGCCACAGCAGGAUUAAAAGCUUCUGAGAGAAGUUCUACAGGAAGCUUAUGUCAUUACAAAAUGCAGCCCCCAGGUGUGCAUUUUCGUGUCUUGCUGAAAUUUAAGGUACACAUGAAUAAAGAAUUGGGAACCUGAAUGUAGUAAAUUAUUAGUUCAGUUAGAUCAAAGUGAAAAGAUAAAAGACUGCAAUCCAGAGAAGACAGAAGUAACAAGAAUGAAUAAAUAAUUUGCUUUAAAUACAUUUUAAGUUACAUUUCCUUCCAUUGAAAUCAGUUGAUUCUGCUAAGUGAUUAACAGAUAGUUACCACUUAACUUUGCCAUAACAAGAAAAGGGCAAGCUUUUCUAAGCAGCAUGUUUAUGAAAUUUGUAUCAAUCGCAGAUAUUUUGAUGGGCUACAGUUUUACAAAUUACUGGUAUAUUCUGGAUACCUCUGGUACGUUUUUGCUAUUUUCUGGAAAUAGAGUUUACUGUGGUGUGUUUCCAAGGACCAACGAAUGGACUGUCUGCAUUGAGAGUGGACACUGAGGGCUCUGCCCUCAUACCUCCCCAGGGCAGAUGCCAGACAACCCAGCCAAUGCAUUUGCAUCUCUGGGCUGCAACGACAAAAGACUUUCAAAAUAAAGGGCACUUUGGAACUGCCCUGAGGAGCCAUUGUGAACAUCCUAAGAACUCUGAAUAGGAGCCUGGCUUCUGUCACUAUCUUUCCCUAGGGCCUAUUUUGAAUGACUUUUUCUGAAUAUAUAACUAAACUUUUUCUUCUGGACUAGAGGCCAGUUUUGAACCCUGGUUUUUCAGAAAUGUGGGUUUGGUGGCUUUAGACACUUGUGCACAUCACAAAAUCAAAAGAUUUGGAAAACUGUCCACUGUUCUUUGAGAGAAUAAUGAGCAGUUGUGCCUACUACCUGCACAGGGAAACCUCAUAAAACAUCAGUGAUUCCGUAGGCCCUUGACCUGCACUGACUGUGCAGCUAAUACCUCAUUUACACGAACAGCAAACCCAUGGCAACAUUAAAAAUGGAUUCAUGUCCUUAGAUUAGAUUGUAAGCCCACUGGGCAGGUACUGUGUCUGAUGUUUUGUGUGGCACCUAUCACACUGUUACAGCUCAAUAAACGUUCAACAACAAUGGUCUUGUGGCUGUCAAAAUACAAAAGAUCUAUAAAGAAUUUCUGUAUUUUUAUACCUAUUUUAUUAGGCCAUUCUGUUUAAAAUUAUUAAGGAAGGGUGAAUAUCUUAAAAUUCCUAACCUGUCUGUACAUGAGAAAAGAACUGUGGGGCCAGCUGUCUACAGCCCCUGCUGGAGCACACAGUUCCAGUGGGUGUUUAUGGCAGCCACACC